AUGUCCAACAUUAUCGGCAACCGCAACAGCACGCCCGAGGCCUCGACUUCCUCCUUGUCCGGCUCCACCCUCCGACCGCCCACUUCUCGCACCAUGGCGCCCGCCGGCCACCACCUUCGUGCCUCCGCCGACAUGGGAGCACUGUCUGCCACCUCCCCGCUCGCAACACGCGGCAUUCGACCUGCCUCCGAGGUCUACUACAGCCAGUUCUCCCAGGGCGCGAACGCUGGCAACGAGCAAGAUGUGGCAGAGAAGGCGGCUCAGCAGUGGAUUGCGGAUAUUGAUCAGUAUGAGACGACACUAGAAGAGAUGGCUGCCGCAACACUUGACCAGGACUUCAAGGACGAGCUGAGCGCUAUUGAGCAGUGGUUCCGUGUGCUCAGUGAGCCGGAGAGGACCGCUGCUUUGUAUGCCCUCCUGCAGCAGACCACCCAGGUCCAGAUCCGCUUCUUCAUUCAGGUCUUGCAGCAGAUGGCCAAGAGUCACCCGAUGUCCGGCGUCUUGUCACCUGCUGCAUUCGGCGAGAAGGAUCCAAUGUCCUCGAGGAUGAACGAUGCCAUGAACAAGCUGAACGUGGAGGGAUCGCGCGGCUCAUUCGGAUUCGGUGGCAAGCCGCCCCCAUCUCCUGGUGGAAAGCGUAUGUCUGGACUGGAUCCAAACACGAUCAAGUCCAUGUUCCCAGAUGCUGCGAAUGCUAUUGAAGAUCAGAAGGCCGAGUUCCAAAAGACGACUGGCAGCCUGCCCAAGUCGAACCGGAACAGUGCUGUGGGUGAUCGUGGUUCCCAAUACAUGCCUACCAUCUCUGCGCCUGAUGAAGAGCAGUCACACCACAAGAAGAACGGCUCAAGCAUUCCUUCUGGUCCAUGGAGAAGCACCAGCGCCUCGGCACCAGAGAAUCAGGCACCCAUCGGCCGACCCAAAUCUUCUUCCAGCCACCAGCCACAAGGACCCUCACCUAUGGGUCAAUUCAGCCAGCCACCUCAAUCUGCCGGCCUGCGCUCUUCCCGUGCCUUUCCAUUGACCAGCGACAGCAACAUCCAGAGUCAGACUGCCAAUAUUGGUGAUGGCAACGGCAACAAUUUUGGCAUGCCUAUGCUUUCGCCAUAUGCACCCGGCAUGAGUUGGGCAUCGAUGACUAACACCCCGAUGGCCGCCAACUUUAGCCAACAGCAGAGCGCCAACCAGGCUGAUAUGGUGGCCAACGCAACUGCCAUGAAACUUGCCGCUUUGUCUACCGUCAACAACCGCAUCCAGCUCGACGAUGUACGAAAGUACAGGCGUGCCCGAUCUCAGGAAGGUCAGCAGCCACUUUCGCCAGGUGUGCCACACACCCUCAUGACCAACGAGCUUGGGCAGAUCCUGACACCGCAACAAGCAGCUGCUCUGCAGCAACAGCACAUCGCCCAGAUGCAAGGUCGACGCUCGAGACCUAGCUCACCAGGUAUCGCCAUCACCGGACCGCCAGGGGGCUACAUGGGUCAGCCGGGCAUGCAUGCCCCGCAGAACAACGGCUACUUGGCAGCAUUCGAUGGUGGCAUGGGCGGUCUGAACAAUGGCAUGGCCGGAAUGAACCUUGGCAACUUUGGCAUGGGUGGUAUGGGUGGGAUGGGAGGCAUCAACGAGGGUUACCUCUCGGACGCUUCCGACAUCAACCGUGGACGGUCUCCACGUGGGCGUAGAGGCAGCUCGAAGCCGCCGGAGGAUCCGACCGAUCUCUCUCUUCUCAAGAACGUCCCAGACUGGCUUCGCACUCUGCGACUCCACAAGUACACCGACAACCUGAAAGACAUGAGAUGGCAAGAUCUGGUGCAAUUGGACGAGGACGGACUGGAGAAGCGUGGCGUUGCUGCUAAGGGCGCACGCACCAAACUCUUGAAGGUCUUCGAGCAAGUCAGAGAAGCGCAAGCUGAGGGCCGCAUUUGA